CUUUCUCUGGAUAUUUUUCGCGGUCUCACUGUUGUGUUGAUGGUAUUCGUGGAAUAUGCUGGCGGAGUUUAUCCUUCUGUCAAUCAUUCGCCCUGGAAUGGUGUAACCCUAGCUGAUUUUGUCAUGCCAUUUUUCUUGUUUAUUGUGGGUGUAUCACUUGGACUCGCGUUCAAGAACUUGCCCUGUAGGUUGAUCGGGACUAGAAAAGCAAUCUAUCGCGCUCUUAAGCUUUUUGUCAUUGGUCUGUUUCUUCAAGGAGGCUAUUUUCAUGGCUCCGGAAGUCUUACUUACGGAGCGGAUUUUGAGAGCAUUAGAUGGAUGGGUAUACUGCAGAGAAUUGCAGUUUCGUUUUUGGUGGCAGCUAUGUGUGAAAUUUGGCUCAACGCUACUAAUUUUAACGUCAGUUCAGGAAAGUCUUUGAUGAAGAAAUAUCGUCUUCAAUGGGCUCUGACUAUAAUUGUUACUGUCGUAUACCUUUCUUUGUUCUAUGGUUUAUACGUUCCUGAUUGGGAGUAUCAGAUGCCAACGGACCUAUCUUCUUCGAAAACAGUAACAUUCUCAGUUAAAUGCGGUGUACGAGGAGAUACUGGGCCAGCAUGUAACGCUGUAGGAAUGAUCGAUAGAAAGAUACUGGGAAUUCAACAUCUAUAUAACAGGCCUAUUUAUGGACGAUUGAAAGAAUGUAGUGUCAGUUCCCCAGACUACGGUCCUCUUCCUCCAGUUGCACCAUCAUGGUGUGGCGCCCCAUUUGAUCCAGAAGGACUAUUGAGUUCAUUAAUGGCAAUUGUAACAUGCUUCAUUGGCCUGCAUUACGGCCACAUUAUCGUCCAUUUCAAGGGUCAUAAAGUUAGAGUCCAGCAAUGGUUGAUACCGUCCUCUUGUCUGGUACUGUUGGGUGCAAUAUGUGACUACGGCUUUGGGAUGCAUUUGAACAAGGCUUUGUAUACCUUCAGUUACAUGUGUGUUACUGCUGGUGCUGCUGGAUUUCUCUUCACUGGAGUCUACAUGAUUGUUGAUGUGUUGGGAUAUAGAAAAUACUGGACCAUAGUAUUGAAGUGGAUGGGAACGAACGCGUUGCUGAUUUACGUUCUUGUAUCGUGCAACAUCCUGCCGGUAAUUUUGCAGGGGUUCUAUUGGAGGCAGCCUGAGAAUAACAUUCUCACGCUGAUUGGAAUCGGACACUGAAACUAUAAGAUGGAUAGGUUCGUUGCUUGUAAUUUUUAUCUUUAUAUUAGAUCUAGUAUACGUUUAAACCAGACAU